GCAUUUGUUGCAGGUCCCUAGAGAGAAUGAUGUAGACAUUGCAAUGAAAAUUCUGGUUCAGUGGACUUCCCAAGGCCUUGAAGAUGUCCGGCUGGUAAAUUACUCUGUUUUGCUUGACCUACCAAGCUCUUCUUCAAACACAGUAACUCUGAAAACCAGCGGUGAAUGCUUUUAUCCUAGUGGACAUCAAUGCAACAGAGAGACCAAAAUGCUUCAUAGCCAAGACCUCCUGUACUCAUAUGCAGCUUACUCUGCCAAAGGAACUCUUGAGGCAGAACUUGUUGAUAUACAGUAUGGCACCGUGGAAGACUUGAUCCGGAUUCAAGCCAUUACAAACGUAACCAAAAAAAUUGCACUUUUGAAGCUAGGACAAUCACCUUUGCUGUAUAAGCUUUCUCUGUUAGAAGACGCAGGGUUUGGUGGUGUUCUUCUUUAUGUCGAUCCUUGUGACUUACCAAAGACUACGGAUCUUGCUGAUAAAGCUUUUAUGGUUUCCUUGAACAGCGGAGGAGAUCCAUCAACACCUGGUUAUGCCAGUAUUGAUGGAAGCUACAGACAAAAUCGACUGAACCUCACAACACUGUUGGUACAGCCAAUUUCUGCAGUGCUUGCCAAAAAACUCGUUUCCUUACCUGAGGACGCUGUGCAAAGAGAUAGGUGUAUACCCCUCCAGCUGCCAGCUACAGGCAAAAAAAUAAUUAGUCUGAAUAUUCAGUCAGUCACAACUUACAAGACAAUUUCUAAUGUUAUUGGAUAUUUAAAAGGAACUGUAUUUCCUGACAGAUAUGUCAUCAUUGGUAGUCAUCACGAUGGUUUGGACACUUAUGGUGGACAAGAAUGGGCCAGUAGUACUGCAAUCAUCACAGCAUUUAUGCAAGCCUUGAUGUUGAAGGUUAAGAGAGGCUGGAGACCUGACCGGACCAUUGUUUUCUGCUCAUGGGGAGGAACAUCAUUUGGGAACAUUGGUUCAUAUGAAUGGGCAGAGGAUCUCAGGAGAGUUCUUCAAAGAAAUGUUGUGGCCUAUGUUAGCCUCCAUAAUCCAGUCACAGGCAACUCAACUUUGCACCCUGUUGCAUCUCCUUCUCUUCAGCAACUGACAGCAGAGAGCCAGAGCUUCAGCUGUGUGGAGAAGACUAAAUGUCCAGAAUCUAAUGUGAGUUCUGUGCAGAUACAGGGAGAUUCAGAUUACUUCAUCAACCAUCUUGGAGUGCCUGCUGUGCAGUUUUCUUACGAGGACAUCAAAACAUCAGAGAAUUCUGCCUUUCUCUCUGAAGCUCUUUUUCGUGUACAUACAACAAAAACUGAAGAGCUGGAUCCCUCCUUCAGCCUGCACGAGACCAUUGCAAAGCUAACAGGACAAGUGGCUUUGCAAAUUGCCAGUGAACCAGUUUUGCCGUUUAAUGCCCUCGACAUCGCAUUAGAAGUUCAGAACAGCCUUAAAGGUGAAGCAGACAUUCCUCAGUUGCUUGCAGUGGCAUCACAUCUGAGGGACACCGCAGAAUUGUUCCAAUCGGAUGAGAUGCGCCCAGCGAAUGACCCCAAGGAGCGAGCUCCUAUCAGAGUCAGGAUGCUCAACGAUGUGCUACAAAGCCUGGAGAAAAGCUUCCUGGUUCAUCGAGCUCCUCCAGGACUUUACAGGAAUAUUCUUUACAGACUAGAUGAAAGGACAAGCCAGUUUUCAGUAUUGCUAGAGGCACUGGAGCGCUGCAAACUACAUCAGUCAAAUGAGACCAUUCAAGCAGCCUUGUCAGAGGUGCUGAACAGCAUCAAUUCAGCUCAGGUUUACUUCAAAGCAGGACUCGGUGUGUUUGAGACUACCUUAGCUGGAAAGAAAUGA